UUUUCUCUCUUGUUUUAAGGGGAAUAUUGGAAACCUAUUAACCAAUAAUACAGAAGAUCUCUUGUGCAAAAUGUUUGGGUAUUCAAUGUGGUCUCGUGUUAUUGUGGUCAUUAGCAUGUUGGAGAGGUUCUUCCUUAGUUUCUCGUUUUUCUUUCUGCUGUGUGUUGCAGAGAAAUCUUACAGAGAGCGUUGCCUGUACGCUAAAUUAUUUGGUUGGCUAACGUCGUCGAGGAAAUCUCGCCGAGCGGGAUUACCUCACUUUCGUCUUCACAAAGUACGGAACAUAAAAACUUGGCUGUCACUAAGAUCACUGUUAAAGAGGCGAGGUCCUCAGAGAUCUGUAGAUAUGAUUGUGUCAUCUUCCUUCAUACUGGGAAUGAUCCUAGUCAUUCUGAUGUGUGUACAGCUUAUUAAAGGAAACGAAAAGGAAAGAUUUCUGUCAAUAUUAUUUAACUGGGAAGUGUCUAUAUGGUGUCUUGUGUUAUCAGUUUAUGUUCUACGGUUCAUGACCCUGGGAUCGAAGAUCAACAGUAAAUUCACAAAUACUUCAGGGCUGCUUACAGAGCAGAUCAAUCUUUACCUUCAGAUGGAAAAAGCCCCUCACAAGAAAGAAGAUUUGACAAUUGCUAACCACGUGCUCAAACUACAUCACACGAGUACGGUACGUCAGCUUGUCGCCAUGAGGAUACUUUGUGUUGCGUCGCAACGUCUCUUUCGAAAUCGUAAGAGCACGCAUGUCAACUUGUCGUCAUCAUUGAUCAGGAUACGUCAUGUGUUGCGUAGCAACGUCUCUUUCCAAAAUCCUGAUCCUGAUCCUGAUGGCAGUCCGACCUGCUUCAUGCUAUGUGGACUACAGAACUUUUACGAUUUGCAUUAA